UUACUCAUUUGUAAUUUUACACCUUUAUGUAGAAAAUAAAGAUAUCUCUGCAUCUCCAAGGGAAGUUCAGACACCGGAGAGCUGAAGCAUCCAAAGAGAAAGAACAAACCCCACAUACUACAAAGCAAAACCCUCACAAAGAAGAACAGCUUCCAUCCCUCCUUUUCCUACGGGGAAAAAUAAAAAAGAAAUCAAAUCACGCCCAUCAAUCUUUCUUCAUCUCUAACAAAACCCAUCUCUCACAGCCAAUAAAAGUCUUCAAAAAUAUCAGUAAUUUUUUGAAGCAAAAUUCCCCUUCAGAUGGGUUUCUUAUCCGGACAAUCCUUGUGCCUUCUUUCUCUAACCCUGAUUCUCUUCGGCUGCUUUGGGUUCCUUCCAUCCGCCGAAGCUGCUUCAGAUUAUACCAGCUUAGUCUACAAGGGUUGCGCCAACCAAUCAUUCUCAGACCCAUCUGGGGUUUACUCCCAAGCCCUCAGUGCGCUUUUUGGUACUCUCGCUUCUCAGUCCUCCAAGGCCAAAUUCUACAAAGGCAGCUCAGGUGGAGGCCAGGCCGCCUUCAAUGGUCUAUUUCAAUGCAGGGGAGAUCUCAGUAAUGCCGACUGUUUCAACUGCGUGAGCAAACUCCCACAAAUGAUGAGCAGCAUGUGUGGUAAUGCCGUUUCCGCUCGAGUUCAGCUCACCGGUUGCUACAUUCUUUAUGAGAUUUCCGGGUUUCCUCAGAGAUCUGGCUAUGAUAUGCUUUACAAGAUGUGUAGUGCAUCAGAAGCAAGAGGGAGUGGUUUCGAAGAGCGGAGAGACGCCGCACUUCAAAACCUGGAGAAUGGCAUAGCGAGCACUAGUGGGUUUUAUACGACGAGCUAUUAUUCGGUUUAUGUGUUGGCUCAGUGUGAAGGGGAUUUAGGCACUGCAGAUUGUUCAGAGUGUGUGAAAAGUGCAGUUCAGAAAGCCCAGGUUGAGUGUGGAAGCUCGAUCUCUGGCCAAAUGUAUCUUCAUAAAUGCUAUAUUAGCUACAGUUACUACCCAAAUGGGGUCCCAAGUAAAUCAUCUUCAGGAGGAUCAGGGUCAGGGUCGGGGCAGAAUCCAGGGAAGACGAUAGCAAUUGUUGUGGGAGCAGCAGCAGCAGUGGGAUUUGUUAUUAUUUGUUUGAUGUUCAUUAGAUCUUUGAUGAAGAAACAUGAUGAUUAUUAAGAUGGAAUAGAUUCUGAAGAUGGCGAAUUUUUGAGGUGGGUACCCUUCUAUUUAUGUUUUUUUUUUUGGGAAAAGAAAUCAGAUUCUGUGGUGGAAGAUUUGGUGGUGAAAGGAAGAGGAGAACGAUAAUUAAAGAGAAGGGUUUUUUGUUGUAAAGUUUUAAUGACGAAUUUGUUCGGAAGGAAGCAUUUAGAGUGUGAAAGCAAGAAUGAACGUUUGUCUUUUUGGGUGGAAUGAAGAGGAUGGGGAAUUGGAAAGGAGAGAAGGGUUUUGGCUUUUUUCUCGUAGCCAUGUGGCUGUUUGUCUCUUUUCCAGUUUUUCCCCAUCAAAAUAAUACUACUUUCUUUCAAAACCACUUGCUUUCUA